GGAGCUUUAAGUUAACGUUUUCAUUUGCAUAUUUGCGGUGUCAGCAAUUUAAGGAAGUUUCUUCACCUCCUCUUUAGCGUCCAGACAGCAGAAGUAGGGAACUGAGCAGCGUUCAUGACUGAGGUUCCUCCACAGCAGUUAAACUUUACAUCAAAAGACAAAAACAUAAUCUUAUGAAAAAAUUUAAUUUUAGGGUGGACAGACAGGGCUGCAGCCCCCCCCCCCCCCCAAGGGUCUAGACCCGCCCCUACUCUGAGGUAAACUAUAAAAGAUAGGACUCCUCACACAAUCUACACUGAAAUCCUGAAAGCGAAAAAUUGACAAAAAGAUUCAUCAUGGCAGUCAUGAGAGCUCUUAUGCUUCUUUUCUUGGUCUUUUCUGUUCAGAGUGCACCAGCUCAAGAGAAAUGCCCACAUGGAUGGACACGUUUUGGUGUGAAAUGCUACAAAUUCUUCUCUCAGUCAGUUAACUGGGCCACAGCUGAGAAAAACUGUCAAUCCGCUGAUGCAAAUCUUGUAUCUGUGCGCAAUACAGUGGAACACAACUUUCUCCUGAGUCUGAUUGUGUCUGCUAACAGAGCUGUUUGGAUUGGUGGUCAUGAUGGUGAAGUUUAUGGACAAUGGCUGUGGUCUGAUGGAUCUCAAUAUGACUUUACCAACUGGUGCUCUGGACAACCUGACAAUAAAGGUGGUAAAGAGCACUGCGUGGAUUUAAACUUUAAAAAUAACCAUUGCUGGAACGAUGUGUCCUGUUAUGCCACAAUGAGCUACAUUUGUGCAAAACCCAUGUGAUCAUGAAAAAUCAAUCUGUUUCAAAAGUGAUUGUACUAGUUUUUUUCUGAUCUUUAAAAUCUAUAAAAUAUCUCUGAAAUUAUCUUUAAAAAUGAAGAACCUUUCUGAAAACUCCUCAAAUCAUUAAAAGCAAUUAUAAAGCAAAUUUAGUGCAUUGUGGAGUAAAUUUAGUCAUGCAAAAAGUGCAGGUUGCAGGUCACAAGAAAGUUUAAGAUCAUGAUGAGAUCAUGAGUCAAGUCUUUCUGCAUGCAAAGUGCAAUGAUUACUAUAUAUAUAUGUCAGGAUGCCAUCUCCACAGUCAUCAACAUCCUCAUUCGCCUUUUUUUACAGUUUGAUCAGCGGACAGGCAGCAAGCAGAUAGUGAGGAGAUGUUU